GAAACAUUUUCUAACCAUCGUCAAGAUUCAUGGAUUAUGAUGCCCUUCUCGAACGCUCGAACGAGCUCGUUCCUCCGUUACUUGCCCCGUCCUAAUGCCGAAACGAGACGGGCUGCCCUUCAUGCCUGUCUCGCUUCCCAGUUUCCAUCCACGCUCUCUCUAUCGUCUCCACCUCGAAACCAUGAGAGCCUGACUCGGAUCCUCACACGCCACAUAUCGAUUCUCCCGGUCGUAAAGGGGAUGCUUAACGUACCAGCUAUCGUUCAAUGUACUGUAUUGUAUCUACACCGCUGCGUAAACAUGUCAGCCAAAAUACUGAUACGGAGUGUCUCUGCUCGACAAAAGCUUUUGUGGCCUAUAAGGCCCUUUCUCGGCUUAUAAGGACUAAAUUUGUCCCUCUAUGACGUGCAUUAGCUAGCAUACUAGCCGUGAACAGAUAAAGUCUUCUUGGCUUGACAUUUCUAGAAACAAAGCUCUGGUCACUACUGUAAGUAAUACCUCAUGUACGUGACA